GUGUUGAAGAACGCAAAGACCAAACACGGGGAGAAGACCACUGUCGUGGACUUCAGCCCGAAAGCCAUCACAACGAACGAACUCUAUGGAAGUGUCAACAUGUACACCCGCGAGUGGAAAGACGGCAUUCUCUCCAAGACGAUGCGCGACUUGGGGCUGAUUCCAGACACCCACCCGAAGUGGAUCAUGCUGGACGGUGACCUGGAUGCCAACUGGAUCGAAUCCAUGAACAGUGUCAUGGACGACAGCAGGCUGCUGACUCUUCCAUCCAACGAGCGAAUUCCUCUGAAGAUGCACAUGAAGAUGAUUUUCGAGAUUCGCGACCUGAAUUAUGCAACCCCUGCUACGGCAACAAGAGCCGGUAUCGUGUGCAUGUCAGACAAAGAGGGCGUCCAGUGGCAAUGCUAUGUGCAAUCUUGGAUCAAGAAGUGCACGUAUCCAGAACCCUUCAAGGAACAGCUUGCACUGCUCUUCGACAAGUACUGCUCCCCAACGCUGACUUGGAUACGGAAAUCUACCAAGAUCCAGGUUCCCUAUGUGGAGGUGGCGCUGAUCUCCUCGCUGUGCAGCCUCCUAGAUGCCCGUCUACCAUCCCACAACUUGGAGGCCGUAGAAGCCUGGUUCGUCUUCUGCAUCAUCUUUGCCACCGGAAGUAGCCUCGCCGAAGUGGAUGGAGUUGACUACCGAAAAGCCUUCAGCAACUGGUGGAAGAACGAAAUGAAGACCAUCAAGUACCCGACGAAGGGGUUGGUGUUUGACCUAUAUGUCCGUGAUUCGAGGUUAGAGGAAUGGAGUACCCUCGUCGAGCCUCUCCAGUACAGAAGCACAACUCCAAUGGGAGAGAUCACCGUGCCGACUACAGAAACUGUCUGCCUUGACUACUUCAUGAAGGCAUUGAUCGAGGUCAGUCAUCCUGUGAUGCUCAUCGGCCUGGCUGGUUGCGGCAAGACGCAGUCCUGCACGGGUCUUCUGAAGAGGCUGGACCAUGAGGUGUUCAUGGGCUACAAGAUGAACAUGAGCUACUACACAGACUCCACAAUGCUCCAAACGAUGAUGGAGAUUCCACUGGAGAAGAAGGCGGGCAAGCUGUAUGCUCCCCCGGGCAAGCUUCAGAUGAUCUACUUCAUUGAUGAUUUGAACAUGCCGGCAUUGGACAAAUACAACACCCAGUCGGCCAUCGAGCUGAUCAAGCAAAAGCAGGACUACAACCACUGGUACGAUCGGGUAAAGAUACAAGUCAAGGACAUUGGUGGCACACAGUACCUUUGCUGCAUGAACCCGACGGCGGGAUCCUUCACUGUGAAUCCGCGGCUGCAGCGGCACUUCUGGACCAGCUCAGUACAAUUCCCAGAGCAGAAUGCCUUGAACUUGAUCUACUCGACCUUCAUGAAAGGCCACUUCGACACUCUGUCAUUCAAGGUGCCAGUGCAAGAGAUCUCCAACUGGGUCAUCAAAGCAGCCCUCAGCUUCCACACCCAGGUAAGCGCCAACUUCAGAAAGACUGCGCAGAACAUGCACUACGAGUUCAAUAUCCGACACAUGAGCGGCGUCUUUUCUGGGCUGCUCAAGGCGAAGCCCAGCGAGUUCAUGGAUGCAGAGAAGCUUGUUCUCUUGUGGAUUCACGAAAGCGAACGAAUCUACGGCGACCGCUUGGUGUCCAUGGCCGACCUGAAAAAGUUGCGACAGCUCACCGAAAAGAUCGCCAAGCAGAUGUUCUCCAAACACAAUCUGCAAAAGUACUUCCAGGAGAAGAACCCGGAGCCAAUCAUCUUUGCGCCCUUCUCCAGGGGGCACCACAAUAUGGAAGACGGUGGCGUGUAUGACAAGAUCAAGGACAUGGAGCGCCUGUCGCAGAUUCUUCAGGAGGCAAUGAGAGACUACGACAGCACCUUCCCUUCCAUGGACUUGGUCUUGUUUGAGGACGCCAUGAAGCACGUGGCCCGCAUCAGCCGUAUCAUCUCCAGUCCCUCGGGCCAUCCGUUGCUGGUGGGCGUCGGUGGCAGCGGACGACAGAGCCUGAGCAGGCUGAGUGCGUUCAUUUGUCAGGCUCUGACGCACAUGAUUAUCAUCACCAGCUCCUACGGUCUGAACGACCUGAAAACCGACCUUCAGUAUAUGUACAAAAGGGCGGGUGAAAAAGACGAGGGAGUCAUGUUCCUUUUCACAGACAACCAGAUUGCGGACGAGAGGUUUUUUGUGUUCUUCAAUGACUUGCUCUCAUCCGGGGAGAUCACAGACUUGUAUCCCAGCGAGGACAAGGAUUCCAUUCGCAACGCAGUCAGGAGCGCAGCAAAGGGUCUGGGCAUCGUGGACACGCCGGAUAAUCUGUGGGCUUUCUACAUCUCGAGAGUCCGCAAGAACCUGCACAUGUCGCUGUGCUUCAGCCCAGUGGGCGACGGGCUUUGGAGCCGCGCGCGCAAGUUCCCAGCGCUCGUGAACUGCACGACCAUCGACUGGUUUCAACCUUGGCCGGAGGAUGCUCUGUUGAACGUGGCGCAAAAGUUCCUGACGAAGCUGGAUGAGCUCGGGGCGCAGGACAGCCCUGCAAGGCUGGCCAUUGUUGACUUCUUCCCACACAGCUUCGAGGCUGUGAACCAGCUCUCGCAGAAGUUCAUACAGGAGGAGAAACGCUUCGCCUACACGACACCCAAAAGCUUCCUGGAGCUGAUCAAGCUCUACUCCGGCAUGCUCGGGAAGCAGGUCUUUGCCCUCGCGGACAAGAAGUCGAGGUUGUCCUCCGGUCUCAUCAAGCUGCGGGCCACACAGGAGGAGGUGGCGAACCUGGAAGAAGACUUGCAGGAAAAAGCCGUCAUCGUGAAGGAGAAAGCUGAGAAAGCCGACACAUUUGCAGAAGAGGUGGGCCGUGAGAAGACGAAAGUGAAUACAGAGGCAGAGAAGGCCAACAUUGAGGCUGUGAAGUGCGCCCAGAUUGCACAGCAGGUCGCCGAGAAGAAGGAAGACUGCAUGCGAGAUCUCGAUGCCGCCUUGCCGCUGGUAAACCAAGCCGAGGCAGCGCUCGAUGUGCUGGACAAGAAGGAGUUCAACGAGUUGAAGGCGCUAACGCGGCCGCCAGAUGAUGUCGCAAAAGUGUGCGAGACUGCGUUGCACCUGCUGGCGGGCAUCGAUCCUAUGAUUGAGACGGAUAAGAAGGGCAGAGCCAAGGACAAGACCUGGAAAGGAAUACAGAAGAUGAUGACCGACCCGAACAAAUUCCUUGCUCAACUCAAGGGCUUCAAGCUCGUAAUUGACGAGGGCAAAGUUCCGCCGCAGAACGUCGAAGAGGCCCGGAAAAUCAAAGAUGGGCUCGGUGAGGACUUCUACCCAGAGAACAUGAAAAAGAAAUCCCAGGCAGCUGGAGGCCUCAGUGAGUUUGUCAUCAAUAUCAUCAAGUACUACGAUGUGGUCUGCCAAGUGGAGCCCAAAAAGAGGUCGCUGCAAGAGGCGGCUGAAACACUGGAGAAAGCCAACGAACGUCACAGAGAGGUGACAGCGAUGGUCAAGGACUACGGAGCUGUGCGGCACGCCCCGUUGUGUGAUGUCGUGUGGCUUUUUGUUGCGCUUCAUGGCAAUAUCAUAUGCAAUGCCGCAAUUGUCCGCGAAGCUUCAAGACAGACCUUCUCGCGGUCCUCGGUCGCGGCAGCGUGCUUGCCAGAAACCUUUGUGCCUCCGACGCGUGAUGGCAAUGAAGGCGUAUAUGUUUCUGAAGACAGCUUCCUCGCCGAAGUAGCCGGCAGCAUCAAGAACUUGGGGACGUGGCAGCAUUGGUAUCGUCCGCCUUGGUUCCUCAAGCAGGGCGAUCUCAUGACACUUUUUGCCGCCUUGUGCAGAUCAUCUGCAGACCUGACCUUCAAGCGCCACAUCAUAACAACCAAAGACAGCGGAGCUCUGGCAUUGGACCUCGUCGUGAAGGACGGUCGUGGCAGAACUGCGCCCGGCAUCGCCAGCCAAGCUCCGGUUGUGCUGCUCCUUCCAGGGCUGGGCGGGAGCAGUCAGGGUGGCUACGUCAAGAACAUGGCCAAUAAGUUGACCAGUUGCGGUUUUGCGGUCGGCGUGCUCAACAUGCGCGGCUGUGCUGGCUGCUCCCUUCGAACACCGCGCGUUUUUUCAGCCUAUCGAGGGUCCACAAAUGAUGUGAGAGAGGCUGUCGAUUAUGUGCGAAGCCAUCUUGUCAAGCCCCCUCACAAAGAGAAGCCCGUCUUUUUGCUGGGUUGGAGUUUGGGAGCAAACAUCCUGAUCAACACACUCGCAGAACAGGGCCGUGACACCAGCUCGCAAACGAAGUCUUCCUUCCUCAAUGGUGGAGUGGCCCUCUGUGCCACUCACUGUCUGGUUCGUUGUGGUCGGCAGGCCCGGGAACAUUGGGUCACAAAGUACGUGUAUAGCCGUUUUGUGACACGAAACUUGCUGCAAUGCUUACAGCCGGCGCUAUCUCGUUAUGGAAGCGGACCUGUACCAGGCUGGAAUGGAACGGACAUACGUGUCGACAGUCUCAGACUGGAGUCUGCGCAGGAGGUUUUCGACAUAGAUGAAGCCCUCAUUCGACGCAUGUUUGGGUACAACUCAGUGGAUGAAUAUUACUACGAUGCCAGCUCAUGUCGCCGGGUGGAACAGGUGGCUGUGCCGCUGUUGAUGGUGAGUGCUGCAGACGACCCCAUGAGCACCGGAUGGGUUCCUUUCGACAAGGUACGCGCUAAUCCCAACAUCAUGUUAGCCUACACGUCUCAUGGAGGACACCUUGGUUGGCAUGAUGACUCCAAUGCGUUGCGGUCCCCAUGGGUGGAAGCGGCAUCGGCAGCUUUCCUCCAGAAGCUCAAGAGUCAAGUCGCGGGUCAGCACGAGAACCUUCUCGAUGAAGGUGAGACCAAGACCAAGGUGGACGGGCCGAACUGGGAUCCGGAGAUUCCGGAGACAUCCGCAAUUGCUGAGAAGGAGGCUGUCAUGGCUGAAGCCGAGCGGUGUCAGAACAAGCUGGACAUGGCGCAGCGGUUGGUUGGUGCACUGAGUGCCAACGGUGUCAUCUGGGAGCAGACCGUGGAAAAGACGUCGGAAGAGCUCAUCUACAUUCCCGGAGAUUCCUUGGUGGCCUGCUCUUUCGCGUCAUAUCUUGGCGUGUUCUCUCGAGAUUACCGUGAGACAGCCACAGCAAGCUUCGUCGACUUCCUCCAGGCACGCAACGUACCUCUGGGACCGGAGAUCAGUCCAUUGCAGGUUCUGUCGACCGAAGCAGAGCAAGCAAGAUGGUGCGCAAAUGGUCUGCCUAGUGACCGCGUUUCCUUAGAGAACGGCGCAAUCAUGUCGUGCAGUCAACGAUGGAGCCUGGUCAUCGACCCUCAACUUCAGGGCAUCGUGUGGAUUAAGAACAAGGAAUCCGAGAACAACUUGCAAAUCACCCGCAUGGGAGCCCCGAGAAUGGUGCAGUUGUUCGAGAAGUCGAUCGAAACAGGGAAGAGCGUUCUUGUCGAGAACAUGGGCGAGCAUAUUGAUGCCGUACUUCAACCCGUUAUCGCUCGCAACACCAUCAAGCGCGGGGCGCGCCAAGUGCUGAAGCUUGGAGACAAGGAGAUCAGCUACAACGACAAGUUCCGCCUCUUCAUGCAGACGAAGCUGUCCAACCCGCACUAUCCUCCUGAGAUUCAGGCCGAAUGCACCGUGAUUAACUUCACGGUUACGGAGCAGGGCUUGCAGGACCAGCUCCUCUUCUUGGUCGUGAAGCUGGAGAGGCCGGACCUCGCCCGGACGAAGUCGGAGUUGAUCCAGCAGCAGAACGAGUUCAAGGUGCGGCUGGCCGACCUGGAAUCCUACCUCCUUGAGAAGCUCGCUGGUGCAGAGGGUGAUAUUCUCGAGGACACUGAGUUGGUGUUCGGCCUCGAGGAUGCAAAGUUCACAUCAGAUGAGGUCAAGGAGAAAGUCAAGGUCGCCCAGGCGACAGAGGCAAAGAUCAACACGGUCUCAGAGAACUACCGCCUCGUGGCAAACCGCGGGUCGUUGCUGUUCUUUCUGAUGAUGGAGUUAUGCAAGAUGCAUUCAUUCUACAAGUACUCCCUGGAUGCCUUCGUGAUGGUUGUCACGCGAGCCAUCAGCCUGGUCACCCUUCGCAAGGUGAAGGAAUUUUUCGAUGUGUUUGCGAUGGACACAAAACCUGAAAAGGCCAUGGCCUUCAUCCACAAGCAGGUGGAAGUACUCGAAGCAGUCUCCAUGGCCACUGGGACUUCCGAGUGGUCUAUGAUGCCGCCUCUGUCCGGCAAAGCCUUUGCCUCCGUGGCUGCCCUGGAGGCGGUGCUUGGGCUUCUCCUCGGCCUGCUUGAACGAACUGACUUCAAUCCCGGCUUGGCGGCGUGCCUAAUGACCCCUCUGGGUCGAAAGCUUCAAGAGACGAUGCUAACAGUGCUGGGAGACCACCAGAAGCUGACUUCAGAAGUCAACGACAUGCGCUGGCAGCUUGCCGCAUUCCGCCGCUUGGCACAUGCUCGCUACGGGCUUCAAUGGCAUGCAGACACGGCUCUGCACAUAGCCGCGCAGGCUGGUUGGACUCUUUUUCACCUGGCCAAGCUCGAUGGCUACUUCCUCCAAAGGCUGGGCCUGCAUGAGCAGACAUUGGGCGACAGCCAGGAAAAUUUCACAGAUGCCUUGCCGCUGCUGUGGCAGGAGCCAUCGGAAGUCGACAUGGAGGGGGAUGUGCAGACAGAUUGGACCUUGGAGCUCCGAAGCGCCUUGCACUCCGGGGGAAGCCUCUGGCACUUGGACAAGGGCCUCCUGCGCUUCUUGCUCUCGAUGGUGCUGCGCAAGGGUGACAAUGUCUGUGACUUGGGUGCAUUUGGUGGUCACUACUCCGAGUGGCUGAAUGAUACAGGCCUGGUGAGCGCUUAUGCCUUCGAUGCGAUACCCGGUGUGGAGGAAAUCACAAAAGGUGCGGUUCGGCAUGCUCGCUUGGAUGUCCAACACUUGGAGCUCGUGGAUGCUGGGUGUGACGUCGUCCUGUGCCUUGAGGUCAUGGAGCACAUCCUUCCUUCUCUGGAGCAGCAGGCUCUUUCAAAUCUCGGUCUUCACACGAAGCGUGCCUUGGUGCUGUCCUGGGCUCCUCCCUGGGUGCCCGGGCCGGGGCAUAUUAAUCAGCGACCGCCAGAGGAGGCUUGGGCCGUCGUGGAGAGGCAGACUGGCCUGGCUCGCCAGCCGAUCUUGUCCGAAGGAGCGCAGGCAAGUAGUUCCUUGAGUUGGGAGAAGCGGAUAGCGACCGUAGAGCAAAUGGACGUCGAAGGAGACUUAAAGGAGGACACCGGGUUACCUGAGCAGGCCAGCCAGGACGAUGCAGGUGCAGACGCUGUCGCAAAGGAAGAAGAAGAGGAGGAGGAAGAGGAGAUUGUGGAGCUCACAGGGCAGGAGCUCACGAAUCGAGUCAAGCAGUUGGAGGGUGUCGUGACAUUCGCGGUCUUCGCCUACUUGCGGCGUGGACUGCUGGAUGCGGACAAGCUCACCGUGGCCUCGAUGCUGGCGUUGAAGAUCUUGGUGCGGUCUGGAGAAGUACAUCCGGAAGAGCUGAACAUUCUCAUACGAGCUCCUGUCGACCCUCUGGCGUCGCCCAUGCCGGACACAACAAGAAGCUGGCUCACAGAGCAUCAGUGGGCCCAAUUGAAGACUUUGGAGCAGAUCAGCGUUUUCAAGACAGGUUCCAAUGCCCUUACGAGCACGCUGGAGCAGGACUCCCUCGGCUGGAAGCGCUGGUUCGCGGAGGAGAAAGCUGAGGCUGCAGACUUGCCGCGAGCCUGCCGCGACCUUUCCUCGUUCCAUCGCUUGUUCCUUCUCCGCGUGCUGCGGCCGGACCGCAUAGGUUCUGCGCUGACACACUUUGUCCAGGCCAACUUGGGUCAAGAGUUUGUCGAGCAAAGUCCCUUUGACAUGAGCCAAGUCUACGAGGAGUCGACGUGCCUCACCCCAAUUUUCUUCGUCCUUUUCCCUGGAACAGAUCCUACCCCAGUCAUCGAAGCAACGGCGGCAGAGCUCGGCUUGACGCAGGCUGCUGGAAGCCUCCAUAACAUCUCCAUGGGUCAGGGGCAAGAGAACGUUGCUAUCAAUGCCAUCAACAAAUGCGCACGCGAUGGGCAUUGGGUGGUGUUGCAAAACAUCCAUCUCAUGCAGGAAUGGCUGAAGCAGCUGGAACGAUCCCUGGAGUUGAUUGAGGAGUUUGUCCAUCCCAACUUCCGGUGUAUCCUCACCUCAGAGCCUCCCAGCGCCUUGCAGGGCCCACUCUGGCCACUACUGCCGGAGGCGAUUCUGCAGAAAUGCAUCAAGAUCGCGGACGAGGCACCGACAGACCUGAAGUCGAACUUGCGGCGCUCCUACGCAAAGUUCUCGCAGGACCAGGUGGAUGCCUGUCAUAAGCCCCGGGAGUACAAGGCAACACUCUUCGCGCUCUGCUUCUUUCAUGCCCUUGUCCUGGGCAGGAUCAAGUUUGGACCCCAGGGAUGGUCCAAGAAGUAUCCCUUCAACGACGGCGAUCUCACGAUCUGCGCCCAGGUGCUGUGUAAUUACCUCAACAACUCUGAGAAGAUCGGCAGCGAAGUUCCUUGGCCUGACAUCAGAUAUAUCUUCGGAGAAAUCAUGUAUGGUGGCCAUAUCACAGAUCAGUGGGAUCGAAGAGUUUGCAACACGUACCUCGUGACUCUGGUGAUUCCGGAGCUGCUCAGCAACAUGUCCUUGGCACCCGGUCUGAAGUCUCCGGACGCCUCAAAGAUGGAGUACGCCUCGUACCAGAAAUACAUCGAGGAGCGCUUUCCGACAGAGAUGCCCCAGCUCUUCGGUUUGCAUCCCAAUGCCGAGAUUGGCUUCCUCACAAGUCAGGGCAUCAAUAUUUUCAAGACUGUUCAAAUGGUUUCUGGAGCGGACAGCGGCGCCGCCACCGUGGACCUCUUGGCCUGCAUCCCCCUGAUUGCCAAGUACAAAGACGAGCUGCCUCCAGACUUGGACAUGCCAGAGAUACGGGGCAGGCUGCGGGAGGAGGACUAUACGCCAUACGUGAUCACAUCUCUGCAGGAGAGCGACCGCAUGAACGUCCUUGUCGGGAUGAUAAGAAAUUCUCUAACAGAGCUUGAGCUGGGCAUCAGUGGCGCUCUAAACAUCACCGAAGGGAUGGAAGCUCUUUCGACGUCCCUGCAGCUGAACCGUGUGAAUGACAGCUGGCAGAAGUUGGCCUAUCCCUCCCUGAAGCCGCUGUCUGGCUGGUUUGCAGAUCUUCUCAGCCGAAUGGAACAGCUUGUGGAGUGGACCAACGAGAGAUCAGGCCUGCUUAAGUCGAUUUGGAUCUCGGGGCUCUUCAACCCCAUGGCGUUCCUGACAGCGGUCAUGCAGGUAACAGCCAGAAACAAGCAGCUUCCGCUGGACUACAUGACCAACAGAGCAACCAUCCUUAACAUUCUGGACUCCACCGACAUCGUUGGCUUGCCAGUGAAUGGUGUCCACAUACACGGGCUCUUCCUGGAGGGCGCCAGUUGGGAGGAAGGCAAAGGCGACGACGAGGGCUAUAUCUCUGACAGCAAGAUGAAAGAGCUUCAUCCAGAGAUGCCAGUGAUCAACAUCUUCUCAGUCCACAUCAAUGAAAUGAGCUGGGAGAACAUGUACCACUGCCCUGUCUUCAUCACCCCGGAGCGCGGAGCAACAUACGUAACGCAGGUUAAUGUGCGAAUGGAUCCUGAUGAUGACGAGAAGCGCUGGAUUCUUGCCGGGGCCGCACUCGUCAUGACAGACGACUGA